AUGAAUUUUGAAAUGUAUUUUGACAUAACAUCGACGGCUCUCGUAAUCCAUUUGUUGUCCGUAUGUAUGUCUCAUCCGGAUGUGAACAGCGGUUGGGGUUACGACUGUCUGCCCGACCGUAAGGCCGAAGUGGUGUCCAAAGUGUAUCCCCGACUCAUCCAGUGUUUCGACAACAGAUGGGGUCCGAAGAAUGACACUCUCAUUGAUUGUUGCCAUGAGUUUGAAUUGAUUACUGCAAUGAAGACUGUGUCGCCGGUGCCAGUGCGGGAGGCCAUAUCAGAAAACCACCAUGAUUGUAUGACCAACUAUGACAUCGAAGUGGACAAAGACUUUUGCGACAAACAGGAAAACAUGAGUUCAAUGGGAGUCCCGCCGGGCUUUGGCGACGACUAUAACUGUUAUGAUUUGGUUUAUAACUAUCGCACGAAAUACGAGAGAAAUGCCGAU